UUACCUAAACCCACAAUCACAGAGACCAUUGAAAGACGGCCAUCGACGUUUUCUAAUGAAAUGAUCAUCAGGUGCUUCUCAACGUCCUCUACUCGUGUCCAUGUGUCAUCGUCUCCACCUCACUGGAAGCUCCGUGACGAAUCCAAGCUUACCCGACCCGAAUUGAUCAACCGGAUCACCCACCUCCUUGUUCUUCAACGUUUCGAUGCCCUCACCAAGCUUUCCUUCCAAUUCUCCGAUCAGCUUCUAGACUCCGUUCUCGAAAAGCUCAGGCUAAACCCUAAUGCCAGUUUAGGGUUUUUCAAAUUGGGCAUCAAGCAGCAAAAUUUCAGGCCCAGCAUAAAAUCUUACUGUAGGAUCGUUCAUAUAUUGUCAAAUGCUCGAAUGUACAAUGAAACCAAAACCCAUUUGAAGGAAUUGGUGGGUCUGUGUAAAAAUAAUUACCUGGCCUUUACAGUUUGGAAUGAGCUUGUUAGAGUUUACAGAGAGUUUACGUUUUCACCCACUGUUUUCGAUAUGAUUCUCAAGGUUUAUGCUGAGAGUGGCAUGACAAAGUAUGCACUCUAUGUGUUUGACAAUAUGGGUAAGUGUGGUCGGUUGCCCAGCUUGAGAUCUUGUAAUUGUUUGCUGAGUAAUUUGGUUAAGAAUGGUGAGUAUCGUGCUGCUAGUCUUGUUUAUGAUCAGGUUGUUAGGCUUGGGAUCGUUCCUGAUGCUUUUACCUGUGCAAUAAUGGUGAACGCGUAUUGUAAGGAAGGCUGUGUUGGUAGAGCUGCUGAGUUUAUCAAUGAAAUGGAGGGUUUGGGUUUUGAAGUGAAUUCUGUUACUUACAAUAGUUUGAUUGAUGGGUAUGUUAAUUUGUGGGAUAUGGAAGGAGCAGAAAGGGUGUUAAAGUUGAUGUGUGAAAGAGGAAUCUCGAGAAGUGUGAUUAGUUAUACAAUGUUGAUUAAGGGCUACUGCAAGCAAUCUAAGAUGGAGUGUGCGGAGAAGAUUCUCCGGAGUAUGAAGGAGGACUCUGUGGAUGUGGAUGAGCAAUCUUAUGGUGUGUUGUUAGAUGGGUAUUGUCGAGCUGGAAGAAUGGAUGAUGCUGUUAGGAUUCAGGAUGAGAUGUUGAAGGAAGGCUUUAAAGUGAACGUGUUCAUUUGCAACUCCUUGAUAAACGGAUACUGUAAACUUAGUAAAAUUCAUGAAGCGGAGAGAGUGCUAAAGCAAAUGGUAGCUUGGAACUUAAAGCCAGAUUCUUAUACUUAUAAUACUCUAGUGGAUGGGUACUGUAGAACUGGUUGUACAAGUGAGGCUUUCAAGCUUUGCGACGAGAUGCUUCAGGACGAAAUUGAUCCAACCGUUGUUACAUAUAAUACUCUACUCAAGGGUUUAUGUCAGGCAGGUGCUUUUGAGGAUGCCCUACGUCUUUGGCAUUUAAUGAAAAAAAGAGGUUUGGCUCCUGAUGAGGUAGGCUAUUGUACUCUGCUUAAUGGGUUUUUCAAAAUGGAAGAUUUUGAUGGGGCUAUAAAGUUGUGGAAAGAUAUUUUAGCAAGAGGUUUUGCUAAGAGCAGAUUUCCUUUCAAUAUAAUGAUAAAUGGAUUAUGCAAGAUGGGCAUGAUGAUUGAAGCAGAGAAGAUUUUCAAUAGGAUGAGAGAGCUUGGAUGGUCACCUGAUGAAAUUACUUAUAGAACUCUGAGUGAUGGAUAUUGUAAAGUUGGAAAUGUUGAGGAAGCUUUCAAAAUUAAAGAAUUAAUGGAGAGAGAAGAAAUAUUUCCUUCCAUCGAAAUGUAUAAUUCGCUGAUAAGUGGAGCCUUCAAGUCUAGGAAGUUGAGUAAAGUAAUGGACCUUUUAGCUGAGAUGCAGAGUAGAGGACUUUCCCGUAAUAUUGUUACUUAUGGAGCCUUGAUUGCUGGUUGGUGCAAUGAGGGGAUGCUGGACAAAGCUUUUGGUGAAUUUUUUCAGAUGAUUGAGAAAAGUUUCUCCCCCAAUAUUAUUAUUUACAGCAAGAUUAUCAGUAGUUUAUAUGGACAUGGUAGGAUAAAUGAAGCAAACAUGCUGUUACAGAAAUUAGUCGAUUUUGAUCUUUUUCCCAACUCUGAAUGUCUUAAGCUCUGCUCAACUGGGAUUAGACAUGAAGAAAUUCAUAAAAUUGCAGAUACUCUCGAUGAAGGUGUAAAAGGUUUCUCCCUCCCCAAUAAAUUUGUGUAUAAUAUAGCUAUUCUGGGACUGUGCAGGUCUGGAAGGGUUGAUCAUGCAAGACAAUUUCUAUCUACUUUGUUGCCUGGAGAUUUUACUCCUGAUAAUUAUACUUACUGUACCCUAAUUCAUGCCACAGCAGCCACCGGUAAUGUGGAUGCGGCUUUCAAUUUACGAGAUGAGAUGCUGAAUAGGGGUCUUGUUCCUAACAUAACUACAUAUAAUGCCCUUAUAAAUGGCUUGUGUAAAUCAGGAAACCUUGAGAGAGCGCAGAAGCUUUUCAUUAAACUUCACCUGAAGGGAUUAGCUCCUAACGUUAUUACUUAUAAUAUUUUGAUUGAUGGGUAUUGCAGGGCUGGUAAUACCACUGAAGCCUUCAAGUUGAAAGAAAAAAUGAUUGGAGAAGGAAUUGCCCCCUCUAUUGUUACCUAGUAAAUAUUGGAGAAUUCAUAAGUUUUUUCUUCUAAUGAUCAUGGCAUUAGUGGAGCUAAAUAUUGUGAAAACUUGAAUUUGUCUUCAAACUAUAUUUAUUGUGGGGAAAUACAGAGGACCUCCAAGAUUUACAGUUUGUUGUGUUUGUUGAUGAGCUUCCUUUGUCUGGUACCUUCCAUUGGAAAAAUAAAUUUAACAGAGUAAUCAGAUAUUAAUAAAUGCCUGAUAUACAUAACAUCUACGAAGCUGAGUUCAGCGAAGAAUGAAGUUCGGUGUCUAUAAUUUUUCCUUGAGCAAGCAUCAUUACACAUUAAAUUUUGGAGUUCUGACCACUACAUGAAGCAGGGCCGUUUAUGUUUUAGCGUCUUUUUGAGAGACCCAGGUAAUUUCCAUUGCUUGAUGUGUUGAUUUGCUUCCUUUCAGUGUGAUUCUCCUUAUGGCAACACUUCUGUUGGUACAGAAAAGGAUUGAACUGUAUCAUCUGUAUCUCUAAUUCUCUGACAUCAACAACCUAGAUUUUGUUUAUUUCUUUGACUAAACUUUUAGUUACGUGCUCGGCUUUUUACCAAGUUGCUCAAGAAGGUACUUUCUUAAAUUUCAUGAAUCAGAGCUGAAGAAAAUUUUUGCAGGACUUGAAGCUGAGCUUCAGGUCAAUACUUUUGUGAAGUGGAGUAAAAAGCAGCACUUGUGUGCCAAAUGUCUGAAAAUUUUUUAAUGCUGUCCGUAUGGAACGUGACAAUCAACAGAAGUGGGAUGUAUAGAAACUCUGUCUAUAUGCACUUAUUCCAGGUUCUGGCUAUAAAAGCAUACAUCAUCCACCAAAUCGACCAAGCAUUCCAGGAGCAUUAUCUACGGUUGUUGCACUUGCUUUUCAUGUGCUUGCAAAACAUGCAAGGGGAGGAUCCAUAUUGAUGCCAGCCCGGAGACUACACUUGAACUGUGGACCUUUGCCAGAGAAAAUCAAGCUAAUUUGUAUUCAGGGCAUCAGGUUGUUGUUCGGAACGAGACAAGCUCGUCUUCUGUCGUGCUUAUGCAUCUAACUGAGCAAACAAGAUGACGGACCUUAGGUCCUCUAAUGAAUAUGAACAAGGUUCUAGUGUAUGAUAGUUUUUGUUAUGACCAGUUUAAUACCCCUUCUUAUAGUUUGUUUUUUUCCCUGUAUUUUUCUGUUUACCAUGGGACAAAACUGAGCCAGAAUUGUGCAUCAGAUUUGCACAAAGUGGAAUUAAAGUUACUAGUCUCUCUGUUAUAAAUAAAUCUUCCAUAAAUUGAUGGAUAAAUUAUCUA